AUGAGUAUCAGAAAUUAUGCCUGUCAAUCUUUUUUUGGCACUGGAAUUGUGAAAUCUGCUAAGUAUUUGGGUCUCACACUUGGUAUUGGGGCAGGCCGGCCAAGGACCCAACCUCUACUCGACGCCAGACUAGAUAAUUUAAAGGUGGCGAGCACAAGGACGGCCCAAAGGACGAGUAGGAACCCCGGCGCCUUGGGACGUAGUGCCGAGCUGGUGAGGUACCGACUUCGAAAAGUGGCCCCGAGGGUAGGAAGAUCAACUGACGUCAAGUGCCGAACUGCAGAAGACUGGGAGGCCGGGCGAAGCCAGCACAUCUCGGGGCAGGAAAAGGGAACGAUCCCCGCGGAGCAAGGAAACAACCCCGAGCCGUUCGUCCAGACGAAUCAACACGAGCCGGGGUACCCCGUGUCGUCCCAGAUACAGACGAAAGCAUACGCGCGGCGAGCCCAAUACGCCGGGGAGCGAGUCCUCCAUGCCAGCCACAGGCCGAUACCCGAGCACGCGACAAGUCGAAUCACCUUCAGUGAUGAGGAUGCAUUUCUCUUCGACCAUCCGCAUUCGGACGCUCUGGUCAUUACGGACCCAAUUGCGACUAUCAAGGUACACCGAAUCAUGGUCGAUACCGGAGCUUACGCAAGCAUCAUGUACUUGAGCACGUUCAAAAAAAUGAAGAUCGACAUUAAGGAAGUCCAACCGUGUAACGAUCGGAUCCAAGGCUUUAACGGGACGACUACCCUCCCUCUCGGGCAGAUCACUCUGCCGGUCAAGUUUGGAGGAAACGGACAACCGGCGAGAACAAUCAUGGAGGUGUUCAAGAUAGUCGACUGCGAAAGCGAGUACAACGCCGUGUUAGGACGGACUGCCCUCUACAAGCUUAGGGCAGCGGUUUCGAUCUUUCACUACUCCAUCCAGUUCCCCAUCUCGGAGGAGGAAAGGGUCCACCGGGGGCAUCAAAGGGAAGCUCGGGAGUGCAUUCUAGCCAUUCCCCAUGAAGAAAUCAACACCAUCGAGAUCCUAGACGACGGACUGGGAAAAACAGUCGCCAUGAUGGCCGAAGUCGAGAAUGAGCAAGUCGCGGCAGAAGCCGGGGAUGAAGAGACGUACCCCUCAGACAAAUCCAGCCUAAACGACGGGCUGACACAACCCGACCAGGGGCACGACCACGCGCUGGCUCGACAGAGAAGUUUUACCUUCCCGGCCGACGAAAAUGCCGCCCCGAUGAACGAAGAACCCGAAAUCGAGUCGACCCGCGGUCGAUGA